AUGGCUGCCAAUGGUGCCAUUUGUGCUGGGGACGUCAUCUUUGUCUUUUCUUUAUGUAUUUUGUGUGUUCUUUGUAUCGUCGGGAAUAUAACAGUCAUCCUGACAAUUUUGGGAACACCUAGCUUACGUUCUGGGAGUUCUUUGUUGCUCCUUAAUCUUGGUGUAUGUGACCUACUAUACGGAAUCAUUAGGAUUUCGAUGCUCACAGACAGUUUCUUGUAUGGAGGAUGGCGCUUUAGUCAGACGGUCUGUUCCUUUACUGCCAUUUCAACAAGUCUUUUCUCUGUCGUUUCCAUACUAACCAUCACUGUCAUUGCGUUGGACCGAUACCUUUCUAUCAUCCACUGUCUCCGCUACUCCUCCUGGUCACCAAUGAUGACCACUGCACUCGCUUUGACCUCCACGUGGGUCAUUGGACUAGUUAGCUCUAUUCCUAGCAUUACUGGAAUCUGGGGGUCAGUGACCUAUGAUCCCAAACUGUAUCUGUGUUAUGUAAAGUGGAAUACUCAUUUAUCAUAUGCAAUAUUUCAGUUUUUAAUGACGUAUUUAGUGCCAAUAAUCACAAUGGGGUAUUCUUACCUCAGAAUCAUUGCUGUUGCGAGAUCUCACGCCAAAAAGAUAACAGAUCUUAAUGCGCAUGUGAACAGAACUUCCGGUGAAACCACGGUGCCACCUCAUGGAAUUGUGGCUUUCGCUGUUAUUGAUCCCGUACGUCGACUUCCUGUCAUGGGUUUUCCAGUUGCUUCAACUAGAUCUUUGAUCGAUUUUGAUUUGAGCAGUUUUAAUGGAAAUGGCCUUAGUCAUUCAUCUACAGAAAAAAGCAACAACAAGCAAAAAGCUAUGAUAAGACUUCUUGGACAUAUAUUGGCAUUAAUAAUUUGUUGGACACCAUUCGUCAUAAGUGAAUUACAAUUUCUUUCCAAACAAGACAGCUUUAAAUUCUCGGCUGUUUUGUCCAUGAUCACGACAUGGCUGCUGUGUUUGCAUGCAGCAUGGAAUCCUUAUAUCUACGCAAUUCUUAGUGGAAGGUUCCGAAAAUGUGCUCUUAAACUUGCUGGUAGCAAGAAAUUUUCGGUCACACGUGUUAAAGAUUUCAACAGAUCGAUGGUAAUUGGCACGAUUACCCAUCGACGACCACAAGUAGGUGGGGUGAUAAGACCUGUAGGGACAAAAUCAGAAACAACUCAUGUUGCCUUCUCUGAUCAACAUAACUUGAAAUCAAAAGUUAGCCAUUUAGACGUGCCAACAACACCGCAGAGUUAUCCUUCUCCAGAGACUAAAGUAUAUACUGAUAUCCUGCGCAGAGAAAACAACUAUAGCACCAAGAAAGGCCUUUCUAGCGUUCCGGAAACUCUGCUCUCUGUGGAGUCAUUAGUCGCCGAAUCUUUGGACGAAGGCAUCUUUCUGGAUGACGAGACGAAUACAAAAAGAGAAAGCAAAUGA